AGAGAAGCUGAACCGCGUCAGAGCCCACGGAGACGAAGAGGCGGGGAGCAGGAGUUUCGGCAGGACUCCUCAAAGCGGAACGAGCACGGUGGUGGUGGUGGUGGUGGCACCGCCUUGCGCAGCGCAUCCAGGGGCUGGACGCAGGAGCAGGUGCGACACACGGCUCUCUUGCGGGAUUCCUCCGGAGACUGGUGGUCCCCCACCCCCUCCUCCUCCUCCCACUCCCACCCCUGGCGACAUGUGCACCUCGACGCGGUGAAGUGUGGCUCUUCCGGCGUGCAUCGGUCUCGGAUACGCCGACGUUACCACGCUGUCAUAGAGAACCAUGAGCACUGUGGAGGAGGACCCGGAUCACAUGAUACCAUGAAGACAAGCCUGCAGGUCCUGCGCUGCCAGCUGCUGAGUGUUUUCGCCCUUCUAGCACUACCAGUAGGACCGGUGUCAUCAGCACAGGAGCUGCACCUCCGCCAUAUGUCCCGGGACUCUGUCACCAUGGCAACGGCCAGCAGCAGCAGCAGCAGCAGCAACGUCCUGUCUGCCGCUGAGCCUUUCCACACUGACUGGCACAGGGAAGGCUCCAGCAGCGGGGAGUGGGCUCCCAGAAGAAGACCCCGACCCACAAACAUCAUCCACUCCUCAUCCUGGCUUCACACCACUCAAUCCCCGGUAGAACCCCCCACUAGUGACCUGGUUACUGUGGUCUCAAACACUGUGACUCCCACCAGGCAUAAAUUGGGAAGAGGUCUAGAGGAUGAGGAAGAGGCUCUUAGGUCCCUCAGGGAGCAUGCUCAGGGACGCCACACCAUCACCUUAAGGGAAGUGCAUGCCGACAUAAGCGAGCCCCCGACAGAUGAGCUGGUGGUGGCGCCAAAAGCGGACUCGGUGUCCCCCGUCGAGAAUCCACCAGAGAAUCAAACCUCCACGUCCGCCCUCGCCACAGAACCCCAUCCUACGCUGAGCCCAAUCGACCACUCGACAAGCAACGUCACUACCGCCGUCACGUUUUCAUCGUCCCGCUCUAACACCACAUACCGUGACCCCGUGGGACCCUGGCUGGGGACAGCGCAGACGGGAACGCCAUCCAACAACAACAGCAGUAGCGGCGGCGGCGCCGGCAACGAGACACUCGCUCAGGAAAGCGGCCACUCACAGCCUCCCUCCACAGAUAGCGGCAGCUUUCUCAACAGGCAGGUCCCCGCCACCACGAAGGACCCCUGGACUGCUGACAACAGCUCGGGGCCCACUGUGUACCCGCCGCCAUCCCGUGUCACCAUCUGUUUGAGUCGCAUGGACAUUGUGUGGAUUGUGCUGGCCAUUAGCGUGCCUGUAUCAACGUGCUCCGUGCUUCUGACCGUGUGCUGCAUGAAGAGGAGGAAGAAGUCGUCGGGUCAGGAGAACAACCUGAGCUACUGGAACAACGCCAUCACCAUGGACUACUUCAGCAGGCACGCCGUGGAGCUGCCCAGAGAGAUUCACACCCUGGAGAGCGAGGAGCACGACAGCUGCCUGCCGCCCAACGGGGACUACAGCGGCAGCAGCGUGGUGCUGGUCAACCCCUUUUGCCAAGAGACCCUCUUCAUCAACAGAGACAAAGCAUCUGCCAUCUAGAGACAAUGCCGUUCUUAUUUUGUAAAACGCCGCGGUGAUGUAUACGGUCACACUUUACUAUGACGAUGCACCUGCAUAUUUUUCUGAUGUACAUUUUCUACAAAAUUAUUAUUUGUUAUAAAAAAAAAACAAGUUUUUAUGUCUUUAUAAACACACACACACAUGUGGUUUUGUUUAUUGACUGUGGCCUCACGGAGAAAAAAAACUAUUGUUUAUGGUAAAUAGGUAAAUAAUCAAGCUGAAAUGACUUAUAGCCUGUUUAACUUGAAUAUAAUGCCUUUUUGUUUGAUUUUCUUAGGGUGGGGGGGUUUGAGGGGGUGACACAAGUUUCAUUUAAAUCAACAUUUGCUCACAUUUUACUGAAACACACAGCCUACUGUAUUAUUUAUUUAUCAUCAACCACUUAUAAUAUGCCUGCAUCACCUCCAGUAUCAUAUAUUGAAUAUUAUAAAGCGAUUAUGAAUGGCUUUAAAUUCUGGGUUAUGAUGCUUCAUUUUCAGUGUCAAUCACAGAGAAGUGGCUGCAAACGUCACCCCCCCCCCCCAUCCCCUCAUGUGUCACCAGCUUCUCAGAAGACGAACUACGCUGAUGUCUUAAUAAUUCCUCAAUGGUUGUCAUCCUUUGUAUGUCAUUAUGUUAUGUGUGUGUGUGUGUGUGUGUGUGUGUGUGUUGUCUACCCCAAACAUCACCUUGUCCUCCAUGCUUGUGUUGCAUCGUGCCUCUGUGUGUGUGUACCCGUGUGUGUCAUGCCCAGUUUGAGAUUCGCUUUAGCACUUCAACCACAUCCCCAAAUGCUAAUUAAUGAAUCCCACUGCUUCAUACAAACUGUGGCCAAACCUUUCAUUGUAUGAGCACAUAAGGAGUGGUUUAAUGCAUUUUCUUUAAUGAGCUGUCCGUUUUGUUUUAUGUUGCAUCGCUGCGGCCUCCCCUUAGUGUUCGAUGCUGUCGGUUGUCGCUUCAAAAUGAUCCCGAGUGAAUGGAAAAAGGUGAUGCUUAACAACGUGGAUGUUGAUAUUUUUCCUGCAUUGGCUACCCGCAGCCCAGCUUGUUGUUUUGCACAGUGGAGCAAAAGUGUUUAACAUGAUGUAUUUUUUGUACUGUACUAUAUACACUGUACUUUUUACUGCAAUAAAAUGACAAAAUAAAAUGAUACUGUUUCAUUUGUGGAUGAAAAA